UAAACUCAGUCAGCUAAAAGACACUCUUCAACAAUGUCUACAGUUCACUCAUAUGGUGGAUAUGAACAGGAGAGAUUUGUGAAUGAAGUAAAUCGAAGAUUCGAAUGUUCCAUAUGUUUCAAAAUAUUUAAGGAUCCUGUUCAAUGUACAAAUCAGCAUUAUUUCUGUCGUUCUUGCAUCGAAAGAUGUUUACAUACGUCUAAUAAAUGUCCUCAAUGUAAUUGUCAUAUCACUUCGGAGACAUUACAGGAUGUACCGAGAAUCGUCACCGAAAUGUUGGAAGAUCUUGAUAUUCGCUGUAGGAAUGUUAACCGUGGUUGUUCGGAAAUAGUGAAGCUUCAAUUUCUCCAACGUCAUGAGGAGAACUGUGGUUAUUCACCUACACCUUGUAGAAAUGAAGGUUGUGACGAAGUCGUUAAUAGAAACGAGAUUGAAGAACAUGAAAGAGAACGAUGUGAGGUCCGCCUCAUCGAUUGUGAAGAAUGCAAAAUAAUUCUCGUAUUUAAGUAUAGGCGUUCUCAUCCAUGUUUCAUGAGGAAGGAAAUUGACGAGUUAACCAAAAGAUUGGAGAUGUUUCAAAGGAGUCAAGAUGACAGGGUAAAGAAUGUUGAAGAGCGAGUGAAUUAGACUCGU